AUUUCGGCGGAAAUUCAAGUGGAACUGUUGAAUUUUAACUUAACUUGAAAAAUUGAUGCAAUUGCAAGGCAGCUAAUUGUCGGUGUAAUGUUUCAAGAUCUGUCUCAAAUCUUUGUUCACUUCUCUCUGUCCAGUCGCAUUCAUAUUGCAGAGUUUUAUGCAUUAGAAUUCAGAAAUGGUGCGCUAUUCUUCAGCUAUAGGAGGAGCCAGGGCCAUCUCACCGGCUAGAGUGGUGUUGCUGAUUUUUAUGCUGAUUUUAGCGUUUGCUUUGAUCGCUGAUUUCUUCUGGGCUUCUUCUUCACGAUUCACUUCUUCUUAUUUCAGUAUCGACUCCAAGUGGAACUCCCAUUACCCCCUUGUCGUGCCCGGCCAACCACAGAAAAAAGGAGACCCAGCUAAAAAUAAGGAUGUUUUUCCUGAGAGAUUCUUAUCAGCGACUUUUCAAGAUUUACCAGCACCGAAUUUGACGUGGGAGAAGAUGGCGUCAGCACCAGUGCCUCGUCUAGAUGGCGCUGCAAUACAGAUAAAAAAUCUUUUAUAUGUGUUUGCUGGAUAUGGUACCUCUGAUUAUGUACAUUCUCAUGUUGAUAUCUACAAUUUCACUGAUAAUACAUGGGGAGGAAGAUUUGAUAUGCCUAAAGAAAUGGCUCAUUCACAUUUAGGAAUUGGUACAGAUGGGAGAUAUAUUUAUGUAGUUACAGGCCAAUAUGGUCCACAAUGUAGAGGGCCUACAGCCCAUACAUUUGUUCUUGAUACUGAGACAAAGCAAUGGUUGGACCUGCCGCCUUUACCCGUUCCCAGGUAUGCACCAGCAACUCAACUUUGGAGAGGUAGACUCCAUGUGAUGGGUGGCAGCAAGGAGAAUCGUCAUACACCUGCAUUGGAGCACUGGAGCCUUGCAGUUAAGGAUGGAAAACCUCUAGAAAAGGAGUGGAGGUCUGAAAUUCCUAUUCCCCAUGGAGGACCUCAUAGGGCUUGUAUUGUCGUUGAUGAUCGGCUGAUUGUUAUUGGUGGUCAAGAAGGUGAUUUUAUGGCUAAACCUGGAUCGCCUAUUUUCAAGUGCUCUCGCAGAAUCGAGGUUGUUUAUAGUGAUGUUUACAUGCUGGAUGAUGAGAUGAAGUGGAAAGUCUUGCCCCCAAUGCCAAAGCCAGUUUCCCAUAUUGAGUUUGCUUGGGUGCUUGUCAACAACUCUAUUGUCAUUGUUGGAGGCACAACAGAGAAGCAUCCUGUAACCAAAAAGAUGGUUCUUGUAGGGGAAGUGUUUCAGUUCAACUUGAAUACAUUGAAGUGGUCACUAAUCGGAAAACUUCCUUACCGUGUGAAAACCACACUAGCUGGAUUCUGGGACGGAUGGUUGUACUUCACAUCAGGGCAGAGGGACAAAGGACCAAAUGAUCCAACACCAAAGAAAAUCCUUGGAGAGAUGUGGAGAACCAAAUUAAAGUUGAAUUUGUGAUCAAGUUCUUAUUGAUUCUUUUAUCUUGGGAUAUAUCCCACCAUACUUAACGAGCAGACAACCUGUAACCAAGUCAAAACUGACAAAAUUAUUUUUGCUGUCAUUCUUUUGUACUUUUUUAAUUUCGAAGUCAUCAAUAUAUACUUUUUCUUCCCUAUGGAGUGAAAUUAGAGAGGGAAUAGAAGAUUUGCUUUGUAUUUUAGAAAACAAGAGACCUUGUAUUCAUUCAUGUGUAUAUCAAUAUUUGAUCAAACUUUCCUCCUUUGUCAGUCAA